GACCCGUGGAGGGCUCCUUGACACCCCUUACUACCCGUACAGCAUAUGGCAACACUUGUUUGUUGUUGUUUCAGUACUGUCUGUAGAGAACCUUUUACUCACCUUCACUAUGGUUGAUCCACUUCAUUAUUCUCUAAUUUGACACCUGUGAAGCAGUUAACACCAGUAUUAUUAAGGUGCAGAUUUACUAAAUAUGAUUAAGGUGGAGGAGGAUCUGUCUGCACACCAUGGCCACUUUACUCUCCCAACAUCACGGACUCCACAAGACUUCACAGGGAAGCAGCGUGCUGUGGUGGUGGCUGUCUUUGGGAAGAGCAAUAUGGACUCUGGGGGCUGCAAGGCUGCAGCCCUUGAGUUAAUGGUUGGACGAAAGAUUUUCCAGAGGGAUAUUACACGACCUCUUGCUGUUGACCCUGAAACUAUGACAGGAGUAGAGGGCUAUUAUGACCCAGGGAGAAGAGUCAUCUACUUGCACCUAACUGGUGCUUAUGACACUUCUGCUCUGAUAUCUUCCCUGGAGAACAUGCACCAACAGCUCCAAGAGAAAGGUUUCUUGAUGGCGUGGUCAAGCCUGAAGCUGGGAUAUGCUCGGAGUCUUCUGGUAUUAUUUUCAGUGUCUCAUCUGCUCCUUCUGUGCCAUCCAACACAUGUGUUUGACAUCAGCUACAUUCAUCUCUUCAGGACACUUGAUGCAAUCAGAUCUAAAGCUCAGAACUAUCUUGCCGAGGUACUGAGACAAGUCCCAGGUAUCAGUAAGGACUGGGUCUCCUUUGGUCGUUUGUGUUCCCCUCGUGUACUCUUCAUAUUUUCUUCCCGACUCUUACCCGUGCAGAUAAAAUCUCAGGAUAACUCCUCAAUACAAAGCAGGACAGGCCAGAGGACCAAUAGAGCCAGCCCUCUUCGCAAUUUGGAACUUGCCCUUGAGGACCAGAUUUAUCGUCUCCUCCGUAAAAGUCGAGUCAUAACCAAUAUUAGUGCAAACUCACUAUUUGCCUUGCCCAACAACCAAGCUUAUGUUUACAUCAUGGAGGAGAGCCAGGAGGAGGUGCCACCAUCAUCCCUCAUCAAUAAUACACUUCGCAAACUGUGCUCUGUACAAGAUGGUAUUAUCAGUGACCUUACUCAACUGACUCUGGGAUCAAGUAGCAAGAAUAUGAACAUUGAAAGCAGCAGCAGGGGAGGAAGAGGCUUGGGCUGGGAUUCUCCUGCAUCUCAGUCCACACACUCAGACGCUUCUUCUGCAGAUGCCUUAAGUUCAUCUAUCUUGGCAGGAGUGGCCACGGAACGAAAACGAAAUCUAGAACAUAGUUUCAACGUAUUCCUACAGCAGCAUAUAGAUCAGGCAUUAGGGAAAGGAUUUGACGAUAAUGUUGGCAGACACUCCGGCCCAGUAUUUUUCCAGGUUCCCCGAGCAAGUGUGUGGUUUGAUGCUGUUAAUAGAGUGUACAAGUUUUUUAUGCUAGAUCCUUCAGAGAAAGACACAAAAGCAAAACAGAUUUUAGGCAGUUUACAGAUUCUUGUAGAGACUGAAGUUCGGUUUAGUGAUGCCCGAUGUGCCAAGGUGUUACCACUAGCAAUUUCUGCCUACAAAGAUGGACUCCCUCCACACUACACCCACAUGCAUCAUCAAGAGAAGCUGGAGCUGGCCCUCAGUGUGCUAAGUGCACAAGCUCGGGGACCAAUGUACGAGGAGUACGUGUCUCAGCUAGAGGAUGCUUGUGAACGAAUCUGGCAAGAUGGACGCAUGGGCUGUGAGACAUUAUCGCUCACAGGUAACACGUGCAAGCAUCCAAGACACAAAAUUCCUAAUGAUCCAGAUGAUGACAGCUCACUGCCUGUUAUGACCCACAACUCUGGCAUAAUGUACAUCAGUUUUUGUAACUGUGGGCGACGACAGGGUCAGCGGGAAGAUUCUUUCUCUGUUAAGACAGCAAAUCACUCCUUCUAUCAACAGUUAGCAGAGGCUUGCUGCACCCGCCUUGAAUCUAUAUCUUUUUCUACUUUCAAACCAAGUGUCACCAAUGCUAAAGCUGCAAAAGUGGAUGGAUCAGAAGAUGAUGAAAUGGAAGUUGAUGGUUCAAGUGCAGUGAGUCGAGACAGUCGGGAGCAGUUAGACUCAGGAACACCUCACACUCCAGGGCUCAGUUUGGUUGGAACUGGACUCAGUGGUAGUAUGAACAAUGCCACAGGAACAGCUGCAGCACGCAUGACAGGAGAUCAGACUCACAUUGGCUCCCAGGUUGUUAUUACCCUCACAAAAGAUGACUCUAAGGUCAUCCAUAAAGAUCGUGGGAUAAUACGUCAAGCGUCAACGACAGAAUACCUGCCAGGGAUGCUUCACACAGCUUCCCCUCCUGAACUGUUGCCUCGUUGGUCUUCCUGGUCCCUCUGUUGUCUCGGUCCUUCAUCACUAUAUUCUCAUAAUGCUGGUAUCUGUGAUCAACCAGGCUUCUUGCCAGGAACCAACUUCCUAUUGCCAUGGGAUGUUACUGUGAAAAUUGAAGAUCGAGACAAGUGGCCAGCUAUUGCAGAUACCCUCGGCAAAAAAGCGCUGCUUCCCAAAAAUAAGAAAAAUAGAGUGGGAGAUAUCCACGAAUUCACUGUGAAAAUAUUUCUGGGAGUGGAGUACGAAUGUGUGCGUGGCCAUAGGUUCAUGAUGGCCACUCCUGACCGUCACCUUAAGGCAUCCCCAUCUGGUUUGGUGAAAGACAAUGCAACGAAGAUUGCCAAUGCUGAUAUGCCUCUGUACUUCCCUUGCCCGUGCAGCCGUAGUGGGGGAGGCAUUGUGAAUGGUCAACUUAUGCGCCUUCAUGUGGUAACACCCAAAGCCCCAGUUAAUGUAACCCUGAGCCCACAAGUACAGCCUGGUCCAGACCCCUGCCCCCGCUACAUUCCUCAACCAUGUAGCUCUCUGCCAGUGAAGCUUUCUGCAUCUGCAUAUUGGGUUCUCCGUCUUCCAUACGUCUACGUAGGGGACCAAGGGCCUCAUUAUCCACCUGACCCCAGACAGCCAACUCCACCGUCGUUUGCCCGUCUGCACAAGGGAUGCUACGGAAUAUCUCAAGUACAGGCAUAUGCAAAGGACAACUACGUCUAAUGGGAAGACCAAGCCCCUGAAGGAAAGGUGGGGAGAAGAGGAGGGAU